CUCUGGGUGACGUUCUUCUUCCUGAGAGCGGUGCAAAACAGACCGACAAAUUCAGGACGGAGAAUAGCAGUUUGUGGAGUCAGUCAGUGGAAGAAGUACUCCUCUGUAGAGUUAUGGCCUCUGCUUCAAUACCAGCCUACAACUCCUCUAAUAACCCCCUGGAAAACAGCUCCAGUCACAAUGCAUCCAGAGAGAGUCUGAAGAUGGAACCACUGGCAGACGUCACCUUACUGCCCGGAGAGGAGAGAAUCAUAGACAAAGACAUCAUCUAUAUCUGUCCAUUCAGUGGAGCUCUCAAAGGCAAAGUCUUCAUCACUAACUACAGACUCUACUUCAAGAGUGCAGACGCAGACCCGGCGGUGACCCUGGAUGUUCCGCUGGGGGCCAUUGGCCGGGUGGAGAAGAUGGGCGGAGCCUCCAGUCGGGGGGAGAACUCAUACGGGCUGGACAUCACCUGCAAGGACAUGAGGAACCUGAGGUUUGCAUUGAAGCAGGAGGGCCACAGCAGAAGAGACAUCUUUGAUAUCCUGUUUAGAUAUGCCUUCCCCCUAUCCCACGGCCUUCUUCUGUUUGCGUACCUGAGCCAGGAGAAAUUUGAAGAGAACGGCUGGAGUAUCUACAAACCUGUGGAAGAGUUCAGGCGGCAGGGCUUACCCAAUGACAAGUGGCGUAUCACGUUCAUCAAUGCCAACUAUGAGCUGUGCGACACCUACCCCACCAUACUGGUGGUUCCAUUCAAAGCUACAGAGGAAGACCUGAGGAAAGUGUCUACCUUCAGGUCUAGAGGACGCAUACCUGUGCUAUCGUGGAUCCACCGUGAGAACCAGGCUGUUAUCUGCCGCUGCUCCCAGCCCCUGGUGGGGAUGUCUGGGAAGAGGAACAAGGACGAUGAGCGCUACCUGGACCUGAUCCGGGAGGCUAACGGCACCGCCAAGCUCACCAUCUACGACGCACGGCCCAGCGUCAACGCCGUCGCCAACAAGGCCACAGGUGGGGGUUACGAGGGUGAGGAUGCAUAUCAGAACGCUGAGCUGGUGUUUCUAGACAUACACAACAUCCACGUGAUGAGAGAGUCCCUGAAGAAGCUAAAGGACAUCGUCUAUCCCAACGUAGAGGAGUCGCACUGGCUGUCUAGUCUGGAGUCUACACACUGGCUAGAACACAUCAAGCUGGUCAUAUCGGGAGCCAUCCAAGUAGCGGACAAGAUAUCGGGUGGUAACUCUGUGAUGGUCCACUGUAGUGAUGGGUGGGACCGGACGGCCCAGCUCACCUCUCUGGCCAUGCUGAUGUUGGACAGCCACUACCGCACCCUGAGGGGAUUCCAGGUGCUGCUGGAGAAGGAGUGGAUCAGCUUCGGACACAAGUUUGCCAACAGGAUAGGACACGGGGAUAAGAACCAUGCGGAUCAGGACAGGUCUCCUAUCUUCCUACAGUUCAUAGACUGUGUCUGGCAGAUGACCAAACAGUUCCCGACAGCGUUUGAGUUUAACGAGCGUCUCCUAGUGACCAUCCUGGACCACCUGUUCAGCUGUCGCUUUGGAACCUUCCUCUACAACUGCGAGAGCGCCAGGGACACCAACGAGUUGCGGUCUAAGACGGUGUCUCUGUGGUCGUUGGUGAACAGUGAUGCGUCCUCCUACCAGAACCCCUUCUACACCCCAGAGUCCAAUAGAGUCCUCUACCCCGUAGCCAGCAUGAGACACCUAGAACUCUGGGUGACUUACUACAUCCGCUGGAACCCGCGCAUUCGACAACAGGUACAUUUUGCUACACAGCAGAGUCCAGUGGAGCAGCGUUACAUAGAGCUGUUAGCCCUGAGAGAUGAAUACCUGAAGAAACUAGAGGAACUGCAGCUCUCUGACUCCUCCCCUAACUCCUCCCACCUAUCAAAUAGCUCCACCCCCAACGCGGCCUCUCCCACGCAGCACAUCACACACUUGCACACCCCCUUCUGAGUGGGGUCAUCACACAGUCUGACAUAUACAACACACGUGUGUAUGUGCAUUCUCCAGGGUUGGGGUUGAUUACAUGUCAGUUAAGUUAAUGAAUCAUAGGAGAUUAAUUGAAGUUUCAAAUUUGAGAGUUGAAAAGUGACAUAUUUUUUCCCAAUGAGGAUUUUUCAGUUCUGCAGGAUUUCAGAAUUUCAAUUCACUUCCUAAAAAUUCACUUCCUGAAAUUGAAAUGGAUUUGACCCUUACACAGAUACAGGCAGUCGUUUUUUGUACAUAGCGUUAGUAAGUCAUAAUGUAGUCAAUAAAUAACAUGGAAUAGA